AUGCCGCGCAUUCUUCCUCGUCUUCUCAAGAAACUAAAGAAUUCCCAUAAUCCCGAAACCUUUGACCGCUUCAGCCUCGAUGAACAUCGCUUCCGUGGCAAAUCCCUUUGGAAGCCUUUGCCCCAAAACCCAUUUCCGUCAUUCAAACCAUCAGAUCAUGGUCAGUCAAUUUUAUUGACACCCGGAAACCCGAUUACUUCCUCAAGAGAUUAUAUUCGACGCAAGUCUUUGCCACCGCGUGUGUAUAUACCUGAGAACGCUCAGAAAAGGAAGAGGAAGAACGCGUAUGAAGUAUAUGAUGAGCCUCGGAGGAUGACGGGUGGAGAGAGAGAUUGGUGGGCUAGUCCGUACUUGCGAAUGCUGUCCACUCCAUUACGGAGGUGUCUUCAGACCCAGCAAUUACUUCCAUCAGCGUUUCUCAUACGCUUGGGUGUUUUUCAAGCUCCUUCAUCCCAACCACUGAGAUUAUUCUCACCAACUUCACCUUCACAGGCGCUUUUACUCCCCGAUGGACUAGAACAUUCGAAAUUCAAAGGUCGGAGGUCUGGCAAAGCAGGAUAUGUUUUGUGCUGGAAAGACGCUGUUGAACAUUUACGAGUCUCAGGCGCGUACAAACGCAUAGCAUUCAACUCCCGCAUUCCUUCCGUCCUCGACCAAAUUCGCCAUCUACUACGUCUACGAGUCUUGCAGGAACUCCAACUUGUCAUUGACGCAUUGCGAUUCCGACCUCGAACACUCGUUAUGAAGGAUAGACCACUCGUUCGAAGGCUCACCAGAGCUGAAUGGCAUGAGCUCAAAGCUACGGGACUUAUGCCUAUUACUAUCACGGAGAACGCGAUGGCAGUCAUCGUUGUUCCUCCAUUAAACCGUCAUCCAGUGACGAAACAACGCCCGAAGGGGAUAAUGUCUUCGUUGCCUCCCCCUGAAGAUCCCGAAGAUUCGAAUGUGCCUCGGAAAUUUGAAAGACCUUCAUUACCCCUAUGCACCCUUCAUCUGACCCAUCCAUCAGCGGAAACUCACACGAUCAAGAACAACCUUCCUCCUAAAGACAUAUCCUUUUCUAACCAUCAUUCUCACUCUCGAGUCCCUCUCUACAACGGCGUUACACUAUUUCCGGAUCCCACACAACGUGCUGCGCUGUUGGAUUUGCUUUGUGGUAUACUUGCCAUCGAAAGAAAAGCCAGGGUGAGGAACCAGGGUCGUGCUAUAGCUCCAGGGGAAAUACUAUCUUCGGAAGCUAAUCAAGCCUCGAAUUCCCCUUCAUCGUUAUCGUCGAUUCCGUCUUCAUCACUUUCUUCUUCUGUCGAUGACUCCACCCGCAUAGACAACCGUGCAAGCCACGCCUUCCUGCUCUAUUCAGACGCACACACCGCGCUCACCGCUGACAUGGCUGGUGUCGGGCUUGCAUUAUGGAGAAUUCCUAUGUUUGAGGGUAUGGGGUGGGAGUCGAAGCCGCAGGGCGACGUGAAGGGUGCGGCUCGUGAAGCUUCGGAGAAGGGAAGUUCAGACUUUAACGUGGAGGAUUCAUUUGGAUCAUCUGGAUCACCGUGGGUCAAGCGAUACAAAUAUCGUUCAAUGUUUGGGGAUGAGAGGUAUCGGGUGCGGGUGUAG